GCAGAGUGGGGAAGAGGGUAGCAGGUCUGACUGACUCACUGGGUCUGGACCAGGACUAUAUAUAAUGGCAGGCUUGUUUGGAGACAAAGACACACACUAGAAAAAUAGCAGCGACUCUGUCACACUGAAAAGAGUGUCUGUUGAAUCAAUACCCCAACAUCAAUCACCAUGUCACAGCCAGGUGAGGUGAAGAAGAAGAAGCGUCCCCCAAUGAAGGAGGAGGACCUGAAAGGAGCCCGCAGUAAACUGGGACUGAAGGGCGAGGUCAAGAGUAAGACCUAUGAGGUCAUGGUGGAGUGUGAACGCAUGGGCAAAGUGGCUCCGUCAGUAUUCAGCAGUGUGAGGAUGGGGACAGAGACGGCCCUGGAGAAGCCUGCUGCUGCCAAAGCUCCUGGAGCCAGUGUGUUCAGCAAGUAGAGACACACUGCAGGACAAAACAGAAAGCACUGAAGAAACAUACGCUGUAGUCUUGAACUUUUUGAGUCAGUGAUGUUAUUGCGUAAUAUGGAUUGAAAAGUGUGUGUUUUUCUUCUAUAUUUUAAAAAGUUAGUUGACAUUAGGAGAGAUAAUAUGUUUGUUUAGUGGUAGUAGUGUGUGACAUUACGGCUAUAUAAGCAGUUAUUGUACAUCAUCAUCAUCACCACGCAUCAGACUUGGAGAAUGGCUUAGGUUUUGAAUGUGGCGCGGGUUGUAAAUGCGUUGUAACAUUCUUUCAUCAGUGGUGACAAAGCUUUUUAAAAUAUUUGCUUAUUUGCUCAGUUUUUUACUAUUUAUUUGACUAUUUUUCCUAAAUAAAUUAUUUCCCACUAUAUAGAAAUAUAAUGUUUUUUGUUUGUUUGUUUGUUUCUUUAAUUUCUUAGUAGUAAACUACAAAAAGAGGAUAAUUCUGUGUAUUUAGGGCUUGAAAUGAACACUUGGCAAAUCACCAAAUGCAAAUAAACAGCAAUUGUGGCAGGUAACCUCAUCAAGUAUAGUUAAGUUGAAGUUGAAAUUUUGA